AUGGAGGGGGAAGGAGAUGGGACUCAGGGAGAGGGGAAGAAGAGGGGACUCAGAGAGAGGGGGAGGAGAGGGGACUCAGGGGGAGGGGGAAGGAGAUGGGACUCAGGGAGAGGGAACUCAUGGAGGGGGAAGGAGAGGGGACUCAGGGAGAGGGCGAAGGAGAGGGGGCUCAGGGAGAGGGGGAAGGAGAGGCGACUCGGGGAGAGGGAAAGGAAAGGGAACUCAGGGAGAGGGGGAAGGAAAGGGAACUCAGGGAGAGGGGGAAGGAGAGGCGACUCGGGGAGAGGGGGAAGGAGAGGCGACUCGGGGAGAGGGGGAAGGAGAGGCGACUCGGGGAGAGGGGAAGAAAAGGGGACUCAGGGAGAGGGGGAAGGAGAGGGGACUCAGGGAGAGGGCGAAGGAGAGGGGACUCAGGCAGAGGGGGAAGGAGAGGGAACUGAGGGGGAGGAUGAAGGAGAGGUGACACAGGGGGAGGGGGAAGGAGAGGGGACUCAGGGAGGGGAAGAAGAGGGGACUCAGGGAGAGGGGAAGGAGAGGGGGAAGGAGAUGGGACUCAGGGAGAGGGGGAGGAGAGGGGACUCAUGGAGGGGGAAGGAGAUGGGACUCAGGGAGAGGGGGAGGAGAGGGGACUCAGGGAGAGGGGGAAGGAGAUUGGACUCAGGGAGAGGGGCCUCAUGGAGGGGGAAGGAGAGGGGACUCAGGAAGAGGGCGAAGGAUAGGGGACUCAGGGAGAGGGGGAAGGAGAGGGGACUCGGGGAAAGGGAAAGGAAAGGGAACUCAGGGGGAGGAUGA